CAAGCACACAGAAUGCACUGACAUUUCGAGAACGCAGUGAUCUGACUGACCAACACAAGAGAGAAAUUUCAGAAGAGUGAUACUGAAGGAAAAAGAUCCUAGAUCUAAGUACAUUAAGACACUGCUGGUUGAAUAGAAUGGAUUACGCCAAAAAGUCUCUCAAUCUGUUCUCACCUUCUCUCUCCAAUAUAUCUACCAGAUGUGUAGCAGCCAGUGCAUCUGUUCUGCCUAGUUUUAACCCGCGCCCCAGACCGUUUCGGGUCACCAACUCAGACCGCUCUGUCAAAAAAGGCAUUAUGGCAGAUGGACUGACAGACUUACUGAACAAGACGAUGGAUGCAUUUUGUGUAUCCUGCGUGGCAGGCCUGGUGCUGGACGAGGAUGGGACAGGAGUCGACACAGAGGACUUUUUCCAGACCCUUAAGGAUAGCACUGUGCUAAUGGUCUUGGAGAAAGAACAGAAAUGGACACCUCAGAGUGGUCACUUAGGGGGUCAAGCUGCAGAACGGAAGAUGAAGCAUAGGAAGGAUCUCGCCAAACUGACUCUUGAUUUUUACAAAAACCACCCGAAGGAAUUCAUCGGCUGCCUGAACGUACAGAUGACACUCUAUGGGAUGUACUCUUUGUCGUAUGACCUGCAGUGCUAUCAUGCCAAGAGAAUGUUCAGGGAGGCUCUAAGAUGGACUUUGUUCAGCAUGCAGACCACUGGUCAUGUUUUACUGGGAACUUCAUACUACAUGCAACAUCUUAUUGAUGAGGAUGAGAAAGCUGAGGCACAACUGACUGCCUCCAGAAACAUAAACAAGCCAUUACAGGCCAUCCAAUGGAAGAAAACAGCAGCUGACCACUGAAACUAGAACCUUGGGAGUUUAAGAGGCUUGCCUUUGCCAGAGCAAAUGGCUUAGAAACCACUGUGGUGUCACGUUACCUAUGUUACUGGACUAUAAUCACCAAACCGUACAUGCCAUACUUUCUUUCAGAGCAAAGGGUUUUGCUAUGAGAGUAACUGGAAUUUACUGUACUUGUUAUAUGUUGCUAUUUGCAAAUAUUAGUUUUAGAUACAUAGAUGUGUCUGUUUAACGAUGCAGAUAUUCAUAUUUAUUCAUAUUUUUAACUGCCAAGAAUUACUUACAUUUGUAUUGAUACUGAUUGUUAUGCCUACUGUAUUCUUUCCAUGAACUUGAAUUAAAUAUUG